AUGGCGGUCGGCGGUGGUGUUGGUCUGGCUGCUCGGUUCGCACAGAGAAAAGCAGCUUCAUCCCCCAAGCAAGGUGCACCGACAACUCCUGAGAAGACACCGUGGAUAGCACAGUUUCCCCCCUCGCGGCGGCAGACCUUGGCAGACCUGAAGCUCAAGGGCGUGGCUGGGCCCUUUAUCGCCCCAUCUCCUGACGUUCUUCUUCGUCGGGCAAUCCCUUCGACGCGCACGGCAGAUUGGGAUCAGGAUGACCUUUACACGCCCACGGGGUUUUCCACACAGGAUGUUCGGGCCCUGGGAAGAUUUCCAGACUACUCUGUCCUGACAGGAGUACGCUACCCACAGCCGUACGGUCCUCAUUUCGAUAUCAACAAGGCCCAGUUCAGGCCGUUCCGGCCUUUCAGAUGGAACUACCAUCAGACAAUGGCGCACUACAAGUUUGACCCUGACUGGUGGGUGGAGCUGGAACAGAACUACGUUCCAACCAUGGCAGCCCGACAGGAGAUUCUGAAGCAGCACGGAGAGCUCGUCUUCUACACAGACCCUGGCUCGGAGCUGGCCUGUAGGGAGCUCAUGGAGAUGCUGGUCCAGUUCAUCUGCAAGCGCUAUCCACAGCACUUUAGGCUGGAGAAGGACAACACCGUCCUGCACAACGGGCUUCUGAAUACCAAGACGGACCUCGUCAACACGCCGCCUCUCAAGGUAGUCUUCACCAACAUCCCAGAGGACUACGCCAUGGUCUUCCGCAACGAGAACGACGGCUUCUAUUACCUCCGCGCGGCCAUGGUCUGCUCGUCUGUCGGCUGGGAUAUCGGGAUGAACCGGGGCAAGCCGCUUCGGGCGAUUCACGAGCACGUUCCCGACUACGCCGAGAAGAUGGCCUUCAGCAUGGACCGCUUCUUUGCCAAGAUGGCAGUCGACCAGCCGAUCCAGCGCUGCAGCUGGAGUCUGGAGGACCACGCCCCGCUGUUCAGCAGCCCGAGGAUGAUGGAGAACUGGGAGCGCAGCGCCUUUGCGGAGAACAAGCAGGAUCUCACGAUCGAGCACAUCAAGCUGCGGUGUGACUACCAGACGCUGCGCAGGCUGCCCCUGAGCGGAGCUGUCGUCUUCAACUUCAAGGCAGUCUUCACCCCGAUUACCGAGCUGAGGGACGAGCCGUUCAUGCCAGCUCUGCUGCUGAAGGUGCUGGAGGAGGGCAAGGAGAACCUUAUCACGUACAAGACAGUAGACCACGUCAAGGAUGUUACCAUUCAGGCCUGCAAGGAAUGGGCACAGGAACAAGUCGAAAAGGGUAUGGUGCCAAAGGACUGGGAGGUGGGGACGGUCAAUGAGAGCCCAUUCUUCCCUGGUUGGGAGGCAAAGUGGCAUGCGCAGCAAGGCUUUUAG